GGAGCGGGGGGCUGCGUGUUUCCGGAAGACGUGGCGGCCGCUUCUGCCGCCGCUUCCAGCCACCUCCCCCCUCCCUAGUUCCCUGCUGCUGCCGCCGCCACCGGCCUCGCCGCCACCAUGAUCUCCCUCACCGACACCCAGAAGAUUGGAAUGGGAUUAACGGGCUUUGGUGUGUUUUUCCUUUUCUUUGGAAUGAUUCUCUUUUUUGACAAGGCACUUUUGGCUAUUGGAAAUGUUUUAUUUGUGGCUGGCUUGGCUUUUGUUAUUGGUUUAGAAAGAACAUUUAGAUUCUUCUUCCAAAAACACAAAAUGAAAGCAACAGUCUUUUUCUUGGGUGGUGUGCUUAUAGUUCUCAUUGGUUGGCCCUUGAUAGGAAUGAUCCUUGAAAUGUAUGGAUUUUUCCUUUUAUUCAGGGGUUUCUUUCCUGUGGUGGUUGGUUUUAUUAGAAGAGUGCCAGUCCUUGGAUAUCUCUUGAAUUUACCUGGUAUAAGCUCGCUUGUAGAUAAAGCUGGAGAAAGCAACAACAUGGUAUAAUGACAAGUGGGCAGAAGGCUGGUUCUAAAUUUAUUGUAUUAUUUAUAAAGCUUUUGAAGAAUAUUCAGCACAAAGAUUAAAUUGUGAACAAAGGAAAAGCUUGUAACAUUCUUUAUAUAAAAGUUUAAUUUAAAAUGUAUAGUCUACAAAAUACAUCAUUAGACAAGAAGCUCAGCAAGCAUGCUUCUGAGACAAGCUACUCGAAGAAUUUGGGAAGUAAACCGAAGAGGUGAAAGUCAUGGGAUAACCCAUGCUACAACUGUUCAAGACUGUUUUUAAUGUUUUUGGAAAAUAUGCUAAACAUAAUGAACCCUCAUGGAACUAACGGUGCCUGUACUUUACCUCCUUAUUUUGAAGGUUUGGUAGAGUGAACAGGUCUUUAUUUUUAAGGCAUUCCCCUCCUACCUACCCAACCCACCACCUGCCACAUCCAAAAAAAAAAAAAAAAGGAGGGAGGGGGGGGCAAAAAAUAUUACCUGUUGUUUAACAAAAGAUGUCUUUCUUGCAUGAAAGUUAAGAUGGAUAAUCAUUUUUAAGUAUAUGUAACAACAAAGGAAACCCCUCUACACUUCUACUGUAAACAUUUUUUGUAAAUAUGUGGCUAAAAUAAAACUUCAUUGUUAUCUUCA